GUUUGUUUGUUGUCAUUACCGCUGAACGUAAACAAAGCCUCGAACUUGUAUUUCAUUUAAUUUAAAACUUACUAAAAGCAAAAUGAAUCCCCUAACAAAUAUGAAAAACGUGCUAAAACUCAGCGAGCACGACCUGCAACAGGGUGCAGGUAAGAAGAGCUGGCACGACAUGUACCGCGACUCGGCGUGGAUCUUUGUGGCCGGCUUCCCCUACACACUCUCCGAGGGCGACAUCAUUUGCGUCUUCUCGCAGUACGGCGAAGUGGUCAACAUCAAUCUGGUGCGCGACUCCAAGACUGGAAAGUCCAAGGGCUUCUGUUUCCUGUGCUACGAGGAUCAGCGCUCCACGGUGCUGGCCGUGGACAAUCUGAAUGGCAUUAAAAUCAUGGAGCGGUCACUGCGCGUCGACCAUGUGCUCGACUACAAGCCGCCCAAGGAGAACGAAAAGAUGGACGAGGAGACGCUGCGCCUCUACAUGGAGGGUUGUGCGCCCCGCCCACAUAUGGGCGACGUUAAGACUGAACACAAAAACAAAUUUAAAGGCAAAUAAAAGUGAAUUUAACAUGAA